CUGGAUCUGAGAGAGCGUCACCGCUGAGCUCCAACCCGGAAGCAGCUGAUGAAAUUCCUAGAAAGGAGGCGUGGAGUCAAUGAGUCUGUUUGCCCUUUGUACACAGCAUCCAUCAUUGCUAUUGAUUGGACGGUUUAAUGAGUUUUCAAGGUAUACUUACUGGUAAGUGAAAUUCUUAAGGUUUCCUUGAGCUGGAGCUUGGGUCAGGGGAAAAUGUCUCUAUCAUGCCUCAGGUUUGUCAGUUUCUCACCCCAUUCAUGGGAGGAGAGCUGUGCCUUUCAUACAGUAGGGGUACCCCAACCUCUGUUCCUGUAUCUCUGUUGCAGGUCUGGCAUCACCUGCUUUUCCUCUGCUCCAAAACAUAGAGUCCUGCUUGAUGUUGAGUUGGGAUGCGGCGCCAUAUGCACCGUGAUUCCUUGUUUGGGCCGAAACCUAAGAACUCACACCUCUUGCAGUGGCUUGACAUGCCUCAGACUUGGACACUCCACACCAAAGAUGCCGCCGCAACUGCUAAAAAACAUGUCCGACCGCAGCUGUGCUCUCUUUGGGACAUGGGCCCAUACCUCCUCUGGUUUCCAAACAACCUCCAUACCCACAGGUCCUAAUAUCAACAUUUGCAGGGGAUGAUGUUUUACCUUCCAGUGUGUUUACCAAAUGCAAUCUCCAACAGAUCAAUCAUUAUGUGGGCGUAAGCUAUGUAUCAGCACAGUAACCCUGAGGUGUUAGAAAGGUUUUAUAUGUGGUAGAAUGUAUCAAAACAGAAAUGUGCAAAAAUACAGGUCUUAUGCAAAUUUUAAAUAUGCAUUAAGCUUAAGAUAUGAGGCUCUGUAUCAUGCCAUAUGCCAGAAUAUUUGAGGUGGAGGUUUUACAAAAACUCUUUGCAUUUUCAAUGCAUUUUAGUGUAUUGCACUUAUCUUUAUAUUAUCUAUUACCCAAUACCGUGUGUACUUUGAGAAAUAAGUCUUUUCACAUCAAUUAUAUUUUUGAUAUUUUUGUAACAUAACAGUAGUAAGACAAAGUGAGCCAUGAACGUCUCACAGUGUAACAGAUGUCAAGCGAAAGGCUAUAUUCACUUUCUCGAGUACAUUGGAAAGUCAUCUUUAAGUGUAAUGUGAUCAUAAGCCACAUCCACCAAAAACUCCAGAAAAAUUUGUUUUGCUCAAGCUUUUGAAGGUAAAUGUUAGAAAACAAUGCCAUUAUGUUUAUUUUAACAGUUGCUUCACUAUUAGUUGCUUUUUAACUUUCACAUUCAACUGCAACGACAGUCUGUAGUGUUGUUUCAGAAAUUCUUUCAAAAUGCUCAAGAGGGUCAUCUAAACUUAAUUUAAUUCACUUCAAGAACUCAAAGCUUUUCCUAUCGUAGUUCAAACAUGGUCACUGCUGAACCUGCAUAAAGGUAGAAAGUUUGAGGAAAUGUCAACAGGAUGUGCUUCCUUUGACUUUAGUUUGUAUGAGAUACAGGAUGUUUUAUCUCUGUAGAAGUUAAUCGUCUAUCUGAGAACCAGCAAGUAAGCUCUAAAAACAUGUUUUUAAAGUUUUGAUCUUAGCAUAAAUAGUUGAAGAAAGAUGAAUAAAAGCAGCUGUGAAAUGUUUAUUAAUCUAAUGUCCAAAUUGCAAAGUGUAGUUACAAUAAAUCCAACACUAAUUCUUCAAAGUGUUGGGUUUACAUGUAAUCCAUAUAGAUUUACUUCUAUGUUUUCUGUAUUUAAAGCAAUGUGUGCAUUCAUGUUUGCUAUUAUUUUCACAUUCUGAUAUUUUUUCUAGUUUUGUCUAUUCCUUAUUUCAGGUGGUUUCAGGACCUGCUGUGUGUGAUGCUCUUGUGAGUAAUGACUUUCCUCAGUUCCUUUCCAGGUUUAACCACUGUCUCAUGUCAUGCAGAACCUAAAACCUGUCCAGAAAUGUCUUACUUCCUUUGUUUUUUUCUGUUUAUUUGCUUUGUGCCAAAUGUCACAUGACAAAUGUAUUUUAAAUUCAAGAACACAUUAAAAUAGAAUAGUCUCUCAAAGUCUAGUGUGUGAGACAUAUCAAAAUGAACACAAUAAAAAGAGUACAUAAAACCCAACAAGUUUUACUGGAACAAAUUCCCUGCUUCCCAGUCAAAAUCAAUCUGCAGCACUAUGAAGGGCUAAACAGAGGAGAUGUUGUGGAGCAAUAACUCCACUCACGAGCUGCAGCUGAAGCGCUGCAGUCCCGCUGCGCUCUGUGGACCCUCGGGGUGAUUUUUUUACGCCAUGCUCAGAGACGUUAUCAGAGGCCGGGGAGUCUGCUCUGUCUCUCCGCUCAGGUCUGCCAACCCGGUAAAACGGCAGGAAUAGUAGGAAUGUGUUUGUGACUGCCAUGAAGCAAAGUGGGGAACAGUGUUCGGGAUUGUGGCUUUGGGGCCCCAACAGCCACCCGGAGAACCAACUUUCCCCCAGCAGGUAUUUUGUGAGUGGAGGUCUUUUUCUGUAGAUUCUCUGUCUGACACGGAUACACCCAAGAGGGAAACAUUUCUAAUGCAAUUUGAGAAGAUUGGACCGGACUUUUUAGCAUGACCUUGAAGGAGCAUAGGUGGAACAAAAUGUUUAAAGUCUUAACUUGUAAAGGCAAUAAAACAUCUCUUACAAUGAAAAGAGCAAAAAUGUUGAAAUAUUCACGUUGCUUAAUUGUGUAUAACUUCAAACACUUGAUGUAAAGUCUGAAUGAACACCUGGAUGCAGCAGCAAUACUUCUAUGUAUGCCGUGUGAUUUUGUUUGAGGCAGGGGGGCCUCAUGUUUUUUCAGUGGGCCAGCCAGGCAAAUGGGCGGGGUUGAUUGGUCCUCUAGGAAAAGUGAAAUGCUUUCAUUUAUGCUGGCACAGUUUGGAGAGCCAGCGAGGAUGAAGGUCUAUUUUUUGUCUUUAGGAAGGUUAUGAAUUGCUCAACCCCAACUCAAGUGUAACGAGACGAUUUCGGCAUCUAACGAGAGGAUAUUUUCUUACAGCAAAAAUGAUUUACUGACGACAUACAAAAUAUCAUUAAGCUUUCUUUAAUUUAAACCAUGGCAACAACAACCCUGACUGGUUUCUCAGUGAUGAGCCUGCUGAGCCUUGGCUACCUGAGCUGGGAUCUGAUGAGGCCCAAUCAGGUGGAAAACGAGCCUGACCAAACUUUCAGUGACGGGUCUCCGGUCCAGCAGCCUCCUCAUAUAAUCUUUAUCAUGACAGAUGACCAGGGCUUCAACGACAUUGGCUAUCACAGCUCUGACAUUAGGACACCCAUACUGGACAAACUGGCUGCAGAUGGUGUGAAGCUGGAGAAUUAUUACGUUCAGCCCAUCUGCACACCGUCCCGAAGUCAACUCAUCACCGGCAGGUACCAAAUUCAUACUGGCCUUCAGCACUCCAUCAUCCGUCCACGCCAGCCCAACUGCCUGCCCUUCGACCAGGUCACCCUCCCUCAGAGACUGCAGCAGCUCGGAUACUCAACCCACAUGGUCGGCAAGUGGCAUCUGGGCUUCUACAAGAAGGAGUGCUUGCCCACUCGACGAGGCUUUGACACAUAUUUGGGCUCUCUGACCGGCAGCAUGAACUAUUACACGUAUGAGUCCUGUGACGGCCCCAGUCUCUGUGGUUUUGAUCUUCAUGAGGGCGAGUUGGUUGCCUGGAGACACAAGGGUAAAUACUCCACACAUCUGUACACUCAGAGAGUUCGCAAGAUCCUAGCGGCCCAUGAUCCUCUGUCCCAGCCACUCUUCAUCUUCCUGUCCUUCCAAGCUGUUCACACACCUCUGCAGUGUCCUCAGGAGUACAUCCACCCGUAUAAGGAGCUGGAGAACAUUGCACGUAGAAAGUACGCCGCGAUGGUCUCCAUUGUAGAUGAAGCUGUUCGCAACAUAACCUAUGCUCUCCGCAAGUAUGGAUACUAUCAAAACAGCGUCCUGAUUUUCUCCACUGAUAAUGGUGGCCAGCCUUUGUCUGGAGGCAGCAAUUGGCCACUUCGAGGACGUAAAGGCACUUACUGGGAGGGUGGUGUCCGAGGUUUAGGGUUUGUCCAUAGCCCUCUCCUGAGGAAGAAAAGGAGGGUUAGUAAAGCACUGGUACACAUUACUGACUGGUAUCCCACACUGGUCGGGUUGGCAGGUGGCAAUGAGUCCCUGACUGAGGGAGUUGAUGGGCACAAUGUCUGGGCGGCCAUCAGUGAAGGAAAAGAGUCACCCAGAUUUGAGAUACUCCACAAUAUCGACCCUUUGUACAACUAUGCACGCACCGGCUCCCUGCAGAAAGGAUUUGGGAUUUGGAAUACUGCGAUUCAGGCCUCCAUACGAGCAGGAGACUGGAAACUUCUGACCGGAGACCCUGGCUAUGGAGAUUGGAUCCCACCUCCUAUUCUUCCAGGUUUUCCUAGGGAAUAUUGGACCCUGGAGAGACACAUUAAGCCUCGCAAAUCUGUGUGGCUCUUUAAUGUUUCUGGAGAUCCCUAUGAACGUUUUGACCUGUCUGAACAGAGGCCGGAUGUUGUGAAGGAGCUCUUAGCCAGACUGGUGUACUACAACAGGACGGCGGUACCCGUAAGGUACCCUUCAGAGGACCCACAGGCAGACCCCCAACUAAACGGUGGAGCCUGGGGUCCCUGGAUGGGAGACGAAGAGGAGGAGAAAUGGGCUACUGUUUACAAGAAAGAAAACAUGGAAUGGAAAAGGAAGUUUAAGAUGUUCAAAAGCAGGUCGUUUUUUAGAAGACUCAACACAAGGAUGAUGUCUAACAAAAUAUAGAAAGCAAAAAACUGAAGUAAAAACUGAAAAUAUAACUGAAAUCAUAAAGGAUGAUGUCUAAUAAAGUAUAAUAAAGUAGGUCAAGAUCAAGACAUUUUAAAUGUGGAUUCACAAUAAGAGAGAAGAUACUGCUGCAGUGGACCAGAUCCUCUGAUCCAGUUAAAUACAUUUGGGUUUAAACAUAAACCUAAAACAUGCACUUAAUCUUAAGAGACUAAGACUUUAAACUGAGGUAUGAAACUUUUAUUAAAAAAUGUUUAAUGCAU